UGUUUCUGGUGAGUUUUCUUUAACGAUGAAUAAUAUCAGUAAACAUUCUCACAUGGUUCGUCAUUUUUCGUACCUACAAGGAUGUGCGAAAGACAAUGACCUUAAGGAAUUUGAGGAGUUAUUUAAAGCUAAGUGCUUGCGCACCAUAUUGUGGAAACAACGUCGAACAGUUGAUCAGCUAAAGAUUGAGCAGUUGGACAAGUCAUUCCCGGGCUUGAGAGUUCUAUCAUUAAACAAUGAUGAGAUCACAAAGCUUCCUGAUUCAAUAGGGAAUUUGAAGUAUUUAAGAUAUUUGAAGUUAGAUUGUUAUAAUCUUGGUAAGAUACCUAAUACAAUAUGUAAGUUGUAUAAUUUGGAGACAUUAUUGUUGGAGUAUACAUGUGUUACUAGACUACCAACUGACAUAGGAAAUUUAAUCAAGUUGCGGCAUCUUAGUGUUCCUAAUGGGUGGUCAUUUGAAGAGAUGCCAUUGCAAUUGGGGAAGCUACAAAAUCUGCAAACACUUAAUGCAUUUAUUGUGGGAAGAAAUAAAGAUUGUGGUGGUAUUGAAUUGUUGAAAGAGUUUCAAGAUCUACACGGGAGUCUUUCUAUUGAAGGACUACAAAAUGUGAAUGUGAGUAGCCUUAAGGAAGUUUCAGAUGCUACAACACCAUUAAAGAGUUUAAAGUUUCUUAGUCUCCUAUGUUUGAAAUGGGGUUUCUUUCAUAAAUCUGAAGUUGACGAGUUGCACAAAGAAAGAGAGCUACUCAAUGCCCUCCAACCUCAUCCAAACUUGAAGAAACUUGAGAUUUGGAGAUACAAAGGCAGCAGUUUCCCAAAUUGGAUGGGAGAUCAUCGCUGCUUGUCUAAUUUAGUAAGCCUGACCAUUACAAGGUGUUCUAAUUGCAGCUUCUUGCCGUCGUUGGGACAGCUGCCUUCUCUCAAAGAUCUUACCAUCAUGCGGUGUGGUGUGGUGAGAAUAGAUUCAGAGUUUUAUUGUUCUACUAUUCUUGAUUCUUCUUCUUCUGUUGCAGUACAAACAAAGCCAUUCUUUGCAUCUUUGGAGACCUUGACAUUUGAGGAAUUGUUUAAGCUGAAAGAGUGGUCAUUUAUCAAAGGUGGAGUUUUUCCUCGUCUUAAGAAGUUGACGAUUGAAGAGUGUCCUUACCUCUGGUGCUUACCAAAAGAACUACCCACUUCUCUUUCUGAUCUUCACAUCAGUUAUUGCACAUUGCUAAGACCACGAGUCCAGAGGGAGAUAGGGGAGGACUGGCCAAUUAUUGCUCACAUCCCAAAUAUCAUCCUUGAUCGCAAGAAAAUAUAGGUAUUACUGUUUUCUGAUCUACGCAUUAAGGAGUGAAAAUUGCUAAGAUCACGAGUGGAGAGGGAGACAGGGGAGGACUGGCCAAUUAUUGCUAACAUCCUAAAUAUCACUGUUAAAAACAGAUAAGCCAGGUCUUAACGUACAAGCUGAUUGGAGGAAAGAGAAGGGUUAUCCUAUGGAGGACAUCUAUUUUGGCGUUGUUAUGGGCAGUAUGGUUGGAAAGAAACAGUAGAAUCUUCGAGGGAAAGAUCAGCUCAGCUGAGAUACUUUGGGAAAAAUCAGAUUGUGGAUGUUUCAGAUGCAGCAACUCCAUUAUUAAAGAGUAAGAAGUUUCUUAGUCAGCUAUGUUUGGAAUGGGAAUAUGGUCGUGAAGCUGAACUUGAUGACUUGCAAAAAGAAAGAGAGCUACUCAAUGCCCUCCAGCCUCAUCCAAACUUGAAGGAACUUGAGAUUAACAGCUACAAAGGCAACAAUUUCCCAAAUUGGAUGGGAGACCAUCAAUGCUUGUCUAAUUUAGUAAGCUUGACGAUUUUUGAUUGUAAUAAUUGUAGUUUUUUGCCGUCGUUGGGACAACUGCCAUGUCUCAAAGACCUUGUUAUUAUGCGUUAUAAUGGUUUGGAGAGAAUAGCUUCAGAGUUUUAUUACUCUACUAGUCUUCAUUCUUCUUCUUCUUCUGUUGUAAUACAAACAAAGUCAUUCUUUAGGUCUCUGGAGACAUUGCAAUUUCACUUUUUGCCUAAAUUCGAAGAAUGGUCAUUUACUGAAGGCGGAGUUUUUCCUCGGCUUAAGAAUCUUCAUAUUGAAGGUUGUGAGAGACUCAAAGUGACAUUGUUAGGGAAUAUUUGCCUUCAUUGACAAACCUUUCAAUAUAUAGCAGCGAGGUCCUAUUACCAUUAUUACUCCCAAGACCGCAACUCAUGCAGGCCCCUUUGAUCAGUUUAAAGAAGAUUACAAUUGGCAGAUGUGAAAAGUUGAUGCACUUUGAUGAAGUGACCUUUCAGCACCUCACCUCUCUUGAGAUGUUGUAUAUUUAUUCUUGUGAUGAUCUCCAAUGCUUGCCCAAACAACUACCCACUUCUCUUUCUGAUCUUCACAUCAUCGAUUGUCCAUUGCUAAGACCACGAGUCCAGAGGGAGAUAGGGGAGGACUGGCCAAUUAUUGCUCGCAUCCCAAAUAUCAUUCUUGAUCGCAAGAAAAUAUAGGUUGUGUUGUGUGUAUGACACUGGGAGGUUGGUUGAAUCUAUUGCACAAAACCCAGUAGAUACAUUGGAAGCAUCAUCACCUGUACCAGUUUCUACCUCUAGCCUAACCCAAAGAGUUUCAUCCUCUAUACUGAAGAACAACUUAAAUGACUUUUAUUGUUUCACCUUUGGUUUGGGUUCAAAAACCUUAGCUAAAGUGGCUGCCUGGGAAUUCAGAUUGACUAAUUGAACUGCAUGAUGUUAUUGUUACAGACUCUGCAUUGACACAUAUUCAACCAUUUGAAGUUCAUGAUUUGGGUGCAUCAGUUGGGUGGCAUUCAUUGAAGUUUGGUCUGCUCGUUUUCAUAUGUAAUGGGCUGUGUGGAUUGAGAAAGAAAUAGCAGAAUAUUCCAGCGGAGGACGUUUGGGAGAGAGUUCGAUUUUGGACAGUCACAUGGGCCUUUAGAACAAAACAUUUUGAGAAUUUUCCCUUUCUAGACUUGUGUAGGGAGUGGGAGUGUGUUGAUGUAAAAAGACUUGAUGUUUUGGUCUGUUUUGUUUUGUGAUCUUAUCAUUUCCUCUUUUGUAUUCUUCUUAUAACCAUUAUUAAUACAUAGUGGUGGGGUAGUCUAUUUCUCUUUUUUUGAAAAAAAAGAUGUGAGCUGUGGGGUUUUAUUAUUUUCUACUACUUUUCCAUAUUGACCUCACAUUAACUUCAUUUCUUUAGCUUUUUCAUUAUUUAUAGAAGGAGCAUUUUGCUACGAGGCACCAUGGUACCUAGCAACCUUAUCAGACAGCGUAGCGAUAUAACAUCUCAUAUAAGAUUUGAUAUUUAAUUACACCAUUAGCGAUAUAACACUUCAUAUGAGGUGCUAUAGGCACUGCAGGUGCUCUUUACUAUAUUAAAAAAUGUCAAUAGUUUGCAC